AGAUCAGUUAUGAGAAACCACACUGAGUUCAUCCUCCUGGGCUUUACGGACAACCCGACUUUACAAACGGUAAUUCUCCUCUAUAUGUCUGUCACCUACACGAUGAGUGUUACCGGCAAUCUGACCAUCGUUACCCUCACCUUGCUGGACUCCCGCCUCCACACGCCCAUGUACUUCUUCCUGCGCAGCUUCUCCUUGCUGGAGAUCUGCUUUACGUCCGCCUGCAUUCCCAGAUUUCUGGCCACUAUCGCCACCGGGGACAGGACCAUUUCCUACAACUGUUGUAUAACACAGUUAUUCUUCUUUUUUCUGCUGGGGGCAACCGAGUUCUUCCUCCUGGCCGCCAUGUCCUAUGACCGCUACGUCGCCAUUUGCCGGCCGCUACAUUACACGACCAUCAUGAACCAGAGAGUCUGUAGUCUGCUGGUCUUCUGCUCCUGGCUGGCCGGGUUCUUGGUCAUCUUUCCUCCGGUCAUCCUUACUCUCCAGCUGGAAUUCUGUGGCUCCGUAGCCAUUAACCAUUUCUUCUGUGACGUCUCCCCUCUGCUCCUGCUCUCCUGCUCAGACACUGGGCCCCUGGAGUUGUUGACUUUUGCCGUGGCCGUGGGGACAGUACUGAUCACCUUGGCGUUAGUGGCUGUGUCCUACACGGCCAUUGCCCACACCAUCCUGAGACUGCCCUCCUCUCAACAGAAGAGAAAGGCCUUUUCCACCUGCUCCUCCCACAUGGUCGUGGUCUCCAUCACAUAUGGGAGCUGCAUCUUUAUGUACAUCAAACCAUCUGCCAAGGACAGGGUGGACCUGACCAAGGGGGUGGCCGUGCUGAACACUUCUGUGGCCCCUAUGUUGAACCCUUUCAUUUACACCCUGCGGAACCAGCAGGUCAAGCAGGCCAUUAGGGACCUGGUGCACCGAGGUGGAUUUUCCUCCAGGAGGUGA